AUGCUCUGGCCGAUACUCGCAGGGCUCGAUGCAAUUACAAUCUCUCCGAUUUUGAGGCAUCCUUGCGUCGACUGCAUCCAUGAUGCGCAGAGUCCGAAAGCCUUGAUAUCAAAGUUACAUUACAAGAAAGCACGGCGUGAUUGCCGUCUUCAGACGAUCCGAAUAGUCAAAGAGGCCAACGCCGUCUCCGAUGACCCUACAAUCGCCAUUGAUUUCAACCGUGUCGGGGUAUACUUGACCCCGGCGCUCUUUCGUCAGCUUCUUCUGGGAAGCGAGCCCCGCGCGACAAAAGAGGAAAUCAAACAAACAGCUUUGAAAUACGAGGAAGUUGAGGCGAAGACGGGUGAAUGGGAGAAACCAUCAAGGAACUGA